CAACUUUCUUAAUAUUCUCGUGGCUUCGGAACAAUUUGGUGAGGACCUAAAUGAAAAAAUCUGGCAAACUUAAUGCUUUGAUUCUGGAAUGCACAAGCAGGGUCGGUUCGAAGUCCUCAUUUCUUGAAAAAAGCAGGGAAAAGAUGGCAUCACUCACCCCUGGAGUAUUACUUAAGCUUCUUCAGAGUAUAAAUUCAAGUAUAAAGGUUCGCGGUGAAUAUCGGUCUGUCCUCUUACAAGUGAUCAGCAUUGUCCCUGCUUUGAAUGGAUCAGAGUUAUGGCCCAACCAUGGUUUUUUUGUAAAAGUUUCCGAUUCUUCUCAUUCGACAUAUGUCUCAUUAUCAAAGGCAGAUAAUGAGCUCAUCUUAAACAAUAAAUUGCAGCUUGGCCAAUUCUUCUAUGUUGACAGAAUGGAGGCCGGGACUCCAGUUCCUAUUCUAGUUGGGGUUAGGCCUGUUCCUGGACGACAUUCAUUUGUAGGUAAUCCAAAAGAUUUGAUGCAAAUGUUAGAGCCUUCAGAGGGCCCUGACCAAGUUGAUCCGGACGAAAUUACUAGUUCAAAAUUGGGUGAACUGCCAGAAGCCAAAGAGGAGAACCCCGAAAAGAAGAUUGUCAUCAAGGAGGAGAAGGUAAUAGUUGCAUCUAGGUACAUGCAGGGUGUCAUGACAUCGAACUCAAAAGUAAGUGGAGCUGAUUCAAAUGGCGCUGGGAAGAGUAGUGAGACUGAGAAUAGUGGAGCAGGUAAGAAGGUUGGAAAUUCNAAGGUAAUAGUUGCAUCUAGGUACAUGCAGGGUGUCAUGACAUCGAACUCAAAAGUACGUGGAGCUGAUUCAAAUGGCGCUGGGAAGAGUAGUGAGACUGAGAAUAGUGGAGCAGGUAAGAAGGUUGGAAAUUUGAAAGGCAAACAGCAAGAGCUCAAGAGUCAGACACGGCCAGCAAGUCCUUCCCGCAAGCGUCCUGAUGCACCGAAGCCAGAGGCUGCUUUAUCUGACAAGAAGGAGGCCUUGACAUCUGCAAAAUUCUCAGCUGCAAAACUCACAAGAAAACAAGAAAACAUCAACUUAAAUUGUUUGUCGAACAGUAGUGAUCAAUUCCAAUCUUCUGAGGCAAUUUCUUGGUCCUCUCUGCCGGCUAAACUUUUGAAGCCUGGGAAGGGAAUGCUUAGGAGGAGAAACUUAGCUUCCUUGGUAGCAGCAGAAGCUCAAAAAGAAGCAUUGGCAGCAGUAACUCUUGUCAAGUGCCUUGGAAUGUUUGCGGAUCUCUGCUCAUCAGCCUCAACAGAGAACCCCCACCUCUCUCUCAGCAAGUUCUUUGCACUUUACCAGCUCAUUGAGCAACCAGAUGUCACGAGCCCAACAAAGGAUAAAUCACUUUUUGUUAACUCAUCUACAUCAGACAGAGACAAAUCCAGCAAAAAGACAGGUCUUAUACAGGGGAAAAAUGCAUUGAAGUCUGCUAUGCCCUCGAUAGAGCUAAGUCUGGCUGAUAAACUAGAAUGGGCAAAAGCCAAUGGUGCAAAAGAGGUUGAAGAGCUAAAACAGAAUAUGUUAAAUCAAACACAAUCUUGGUUUUUAAAAUUCUUGGAGGGAGCACUUGACGUUGGGUUCCGGGUGGGCAGUCAGGAAAGGAAAGUGAAGGAUACUGUUGGGCGGCCCAUAGAGCCAAACAGCCAUAUUGCUGUCACAUUAUCUCAACUGAAGAAUGCAAAUGAGUGGUUGGAUAAAUUAAGAACCAACUUGAACUCUGAGAAAAAUGGGCUCGUGGAGACAAUUGAUAGAUUGAAGCAAAAAGUUUAUGGUUGUUUGCUUCUUCAUGUGGAUUCAGCUGCAUCAGCUCUAGAAGGCCAAUCUAAUCGUGGUUCAAUCAACAAGUGGAUUGUCAUGUAAAUUCGUUCAGCUUAAAAGCUUAGUAAUUUAUACUACUUAUGGUGUUUUUGAUUGUCAUACCGUGAGUAAAUCAAAAUUGUCCUUGUAAAAGAAAAUAAUGCAGCCAUUCAUGGCCGCCUCUUUAUUUAUUGUGUAUCUGAUAUUGAUUUAAGGAAACUGCA